AUGCCUCGGAUCUCGAUCAAAGGGGGUGUGUGGAGGAACACCGAGGAUGAAGUUCUCAAAGCGGCCGUCAUGAAAUACGGUAAGAACCAAUGGUCUCGGAUUGCUUCUCUCUUGCCCAGGAAAUCAGCAAAGCAGUGCAAGGCCAGAUGGCACGAAUGGCUGGAUCCAAGCAUUAGGAAAACAGAAUGGGCCAGGGAGGAAGAAGAGAAGCUUUUGCACCUGGCCAAAUUGAUGCCAACCCAGUGGAGAACCCUUGCCCCCAUCGUUGGCCGCACGGCCGCACAGUGCUUGGAACACUUUGAAUUGCUCCUGGAUAAAGCUGCCCAACGAGACCGUGAAGAGGCCGAGGAUGAUCCGCGGAAACUGAAACCCGGAGAGAGCGAUCCCAAUCCAGAGACCAAACCGGCCAGGCCUGAUCCCAUUGAUAUGGAGGAGGAUGAGCUAGAAAUGCUCUCAGAAGCAAGAGCCCGUCUGGCAAACACCCAGGGGAAGAAGGCUAAGAGGAAAGCCAGAGAGAAGCAGCUGCAAGAAGCAAGGCAGCUCGCUGCCCUCCAAAAGAGGAGAGAACUGCGAGCAGCUGGCAUAGACCUUCAGAAGAGGAAAAGGAAGCGGGGAGUAGAUUAUAAUGCAGAAAUUCCAUUUGAAAAGAAGCCAGCUCCAGGUUUUUACAACACUUCCGAAGAAAGCCAUGGCACCCUUGAUGCUGACUUUAGCCACCUAAGACAAAAAGAUCUGGAUGGGGAGUCCAGAUCCGAAAAGGAAAGCAGAGCUAGGAACAAAGACAAGCAGUACUGGAAAAGCAAAAGGGAGUCGGGUUUGCCAUCAGCCAUUCUUCAUCCCGCGGGAAGAUCAGAAGUGACCAAGAAGAGAAGCAAAUUAGUACUUCCUGCUCCUCAGAUUUCAGAUGCAGAACUUCAGGGAGUGGUGAAAGUUGGCCGGGUAAGUGAAAUUGCAAGCCAGGCAGCAGAGGAAUCAGGCAGCAUAGUGAAUUCUGCUUCCAGGAGCCUUUUGUCUGAGUACCAUGUGACCAACCACAGUAUCACCCUGAGGACACCCCAAAUUCCAGAAGCCCAAGAUCCAGUCUUGAAGGGAGCACAGAACUUAUUGGCUCUUAGCAACGUUGACACCCCUUUGAAAGGGGGUCUUAAUACACCAUUGCAUGAGAGUGACUUCUCUGGUGGGACUCCACAACAACUGAUCAUCCAGACACCAAACACAGUCCUGUUCACCCCAUUCGGGACUCCACCUCAUGGAGCUCAAGGGUCCACUCUUCAAGUUGGGAUGGCUCCUAAACCACGUGUUGGCACUACUCCACAGAGAACACCUCUAAGGGACAAACUAAACAUAAAUCCUGAAGAGAGAUUGGCAGAUUGCAAUGAUCCCUCUUAUUGGAAGCAGAUGGAGAGAGAAUCUCAGGAGCUUCUCCAUUUAGGGUUGCUGGACCUUCCAACUCCCAAGAACGACUUCGAGAUUGUUUUACCAGAAAACGCUAUGAAGGAACUAGAAGACCUUAAGAUUGAUGAAACCUUUGCAGAAGAUGCUGCUGAUGGAGAUGCUCGAAGGCACGCUAUCCAAGACAUAGAACACGUAAAAGAAAUAAAACACAUGCACAAAGCUGUCCAGAAGGGUCUGCCAAGGCCUUCAGAAGUAAAUGAAACAAUCCUUAGACCCUUCAAUGUAGAACCACCACCAGCAGACCUACAGAAAAGUGAAGAACUCCUUAAGAAAGAGAUCAUCACAAUGCUUCAUUAUGAUCUUCUACAUCAUCCUUAUGAAGCACAUGCUGGAAAUAAAAAGGGGAAACCUCUAGAAUUGGGGAGCAAUAGUACCCAGCACAUAACUUACCUAGAACUCAACCCCUAUGAAAAUUUUUCCAAAGAUGAACUGGAGAAGGCUCAAGACCUUUUGACACAGGAGAUUGAAGUCAUUAAGCAAAGAAUGUGCCAUGGUGAGCUGUCAAAUGAAGUUUACAAUCAGGUGUGGGAAGAAUGCUACAGUCAGAUUUUAUAUCUACCAGGGCAGAGCCGAUACACUCGAGCCAACUUGGUCAGCAAGAAGGACAGGAUUCAAUCACUUGAAAAGAGGCUUGAGAUAAAUAGGGUUCACAUGGCCACAGAAGCUAAAAGAGCUGCAAAAUUGGAAAAGAAAAUGAAAAUUUUGCUUGGGGGCUACAUGUCUCAGGAGAUGGGACUGAGGAAACAUGUGAACGAUUUAUGGGACCAGAUAGAGCAAGCUCACUUGGAGUUUCACACUUUGGAGGUGCUAAAGAAACAGGAGGAUUCUGCUAUUCUAAGGAGGCUCAAGUGUCUAAAUGAAGAUGUCCAGAGACAACAAGAAAGAGAAAAGGAACUUCAGCAAAGAUAUGCCCAUUUGCUCCUGGAGAAAUGGACUUUACAGUCAAAAUGCUGA